CUUGUCCUGGAGGCAAUACACCAAAACCCAAACCUUGGACAUCUCUUCGUGGACGAUGUGCGCAUGUCUACAGGAUCCUGCCCCGACCUCGCAGCUGAUGCUGAUAUCUGGAGCUGUGACUUUGAGGAGACAGAUGGCAAGCAAUGUGGUUUUGGGGUUUCCUCUUCGCCAAGUGGCAACUGGACAUUGUCCACUGAAAUAGUAAAUGUGGGCGUUGAGCAAAUGAACAUAACCGACCACACCCUCAAUGCACCGGAGGGACAUUUUCUAUAUUCCCAUGUGGUCGUCAACUCUUCCGCCACCAUCAAAAGUGGCCUCAUUGAUGCUCGGGACUCGACAACACCUCUCUGCUUGUCCUUUUACUGCCGCCAGAUCGGUAAAGGGGCCGGUCAACUCAACGUAUCUGUGACAUCACCAGGAGCGGUCACCACCUGGAGUCGGAGCUUUGACCUUGGACCAGGCUGGCGGAAAAUGUUGGUCAAUGUGGAGCCCAAUGGAGACUUUGCGGUUGCUUUUCAGGCUGUUAUAGGUCAGUCAAAAGUUUCCUACGCCAUCGAUGACAUUUUGAUCUCAGAGGGAGAAUGCAAGACGGGAGAGUCCUGCACCUUCGAACACGACCUUUGUCAAUGGAGCAACUACGGCCACGACCCUGACCCUGGUUUCUACUGGACGCCCAUGAGAGGCGUGUCCACAGGAGGUGGCUAUCGCCCGGCAUGUGACCACACAUUCGGUACAGUCUACGGCCAUUCGCUGCAGAUGGAGACUGUUGGAGCGCCGGUUGGGACUCGUGUUAGGCUGUACAGUCAGGAGUUUUCAGCCUCCGACAACCCUAUAUGUUUGUCCUUCUGGUACCACAUGUUUGGCAAGGAUGUGGGCCAGCUCAGAGUAAUGGUCACCAACGAUCCCAGCUCUGGAGAUGAUCUCAACGAGGCGAAUUUGUGGGAACUGGACGGUCCGACAGAUGACCUUUGGCACGAGGCUCACGUGAACAUAUCGUCCUUGUACACAAAGACUCCAUACAUGGUCGUGAUCGAAGGGACGGUUGGGACAUCGACCCAGGGAGACAUCUCUAUUGAUGAUACCUUGUUUUUCGUUGACUCUUGCACCACACUGCCUUCGUAUGCUGAGCCUUCCAGGAGUGCUCUCAAUACGUUGGCGUGUGACUUCAUGGAUACCUUGUGUGGCUGGAGCCAGGGCCAGUCUGAUGAUGGUGAUUUUGAACUUGGACACGCAACAUCCACCCAGUGUCAAUUUGGAGAUUCGGGACAUCUGAUGCUAACCUCAAAGGGCACAGACCUCAGCACGACCGAACUGCUGUCCCCUGUCAUCGCCCCUACUAGACAGAGCUGCCUCAACUUCCACUACCAUAUGUACUGUUGGCUUGGACAAGUAACCUUCUCCGUGCUCCGCUGGAGCAAUGGUUUGGAGGUCAUGGAGUAUUAUCAAGAGGUCAAAAACGGUCAAACAAUCAAAGGGAAUGGCGAUUCCUGCGAACGUCUGAUGUCCAUCAACAUUGACAGUACGACGAACUUUCAGAUUGUCUUUCAAGUGACGCUCCACGACGCCCAAAACAGUGGUGUCAUCAUCAAUGACGUAACACUUGUACCCGGACCUUGCAAGAGACGGGAUGUGUGCGAUCUAGAGAGCGACAUGUGCGGCUUCUUCGGUACACAGGGUACAACUCUACAUUGGCAGCGGGUGCAGGCGCUGGAUCACACGACACACGGAACUGACGGUCACAUUCUUCAGCUGCGGUCCAAUGGCAAGCCCGAGGGUUCCGCAGGGGACCUUUUGAGUAUGAUGCUUCCCGGUACUGGACCAGAAUGCCUUCAGUUUUGGUACAAACUGACCAGUCAGCCAGGCGCAGGACUUUUCAAGGUGUUGAUGAUGGAAAAGAAAGGGGAGGGGUGGCCUGUGACGAUGGUGGCCUUGUGGAGUACGAGCGAACCGACAGGCUCGGACUGGGUGGUCAUGAGACUGGAAAUACCGGCGUCUGCAAGCUACAUGGUACGAUGGCUGCAAACUGGAAAGUGACAGUUUACAUCUUUUCAGUUUACAUGCUCCUUAAUGAUUUUUACUGACACUUUGCACUUUCUUAGUGACACUUUGCAUUUUUUAAAUUUGCAUUCUCCUUGAUGGUUCUUAGCGACACUGUACGUGUACAGUUUUUGGGAGGCUUUGAAUUUGGGGAGAUCAUAUUGGAGGUAGAUGUUAAUUCUGAGUUCACACCUAUUAAAGAAAAAAGGACGUUAAUCACAUAAAAUGAUACUAUUAUACAAGAAAAGAAGAAGAAAUUUUCUUCAAUGUCUAUUGUGAGAUAUACGUAAGGCAUUCCUUUUAAUAAGAAAGAACACCCCGAAACUUGCCCCCAUUUAUUGAAACUGGAAACAGUUGCGGUUACAAUUGCUAUUUUCCCAAGCGAAAUAAAUUAUUUGCUUCGUGAAAGGUCCUGUGGAUUGUUUAUUUGAUUACAUGUAUUUAUAAGUCAUUAUAAAGUAAAAUCACAUCCCCCCUCCUCUG